AUGGGCAGUUCACCAGACGAGAGCUCCGUGCGUGUGGCCCUGAGGAUCCGUCCUCAGCUGGCCAAAGAGAAGAUUGAGGGCUGUCACAUCUGCACGUAUGUGAUGCCCGGGGAGCCGCAGGUGUUUCUGGGCAAAGACAAGGCCUUCACAUACGACCAUGUGUUUGAUAUGGACACGCAGCAGGACUCCAUCUACAACCACUGCACCGAGAGCCUGAUCGAGGGCUGCCUGGAGGGCUACAACGCCACCAUCUUCGCCUAUGGGCAGACGGGCUCGGGGAAGACCUACACCAUGGGCACUGGCUUCGAUGUCAAUAUCAGCGAGGAGGAGCUGGGGAUCAUUCCUCGGGCCGUCAACCACCUGUUCAGAGGCAUAGAGCAGCGCAAACAGCAGGCCAGCGAGCAGGGCCGGCCCGUGCCCGAGUUCAAGAUCAAUGCACAGUUCCUGGAGCUGUACAAUGAAGAGGUCCUGGAUCUCUUUGACACGACUCGAGACCUGGAGACACGCAAACAGAAAUCCAACAUCAAGAUCCACGAGGAUGCGAGCGGAGGCAUCUACACCGUGGGAUUGACCACACGCUCCGUGACCUCCGCAGCAGAGAUGAUACAGUGCCUGAAGUUAGGAGCUCUGUCCAGAACCACGGCGAGCACUCAGAUGAACGUCCAGAGCUCCCGGUCACACGCCAUCUUCACCAUCCACCUGUGCCAAGUGCGCGUCUGCUCCCCUGAAAACAACAACGAUAAUGAGACGGACAACAGAUUAGCGAACGACUCGGACAUAAAUGAGUUUGAGACGCUGACGGCGAAGUUUCACUUUGUGGACCUGGCCGGGUCUGAGCGCCUGAAGAGGACCGGAGCCACAGGGGACCGGGCUAAAGAGGGCAUCUCCAUCAACUGUGGACUGCUCGCUCUGGGGAACGUCAUCAGUGCUUUGGGAGACCGCAGUAAACGCUCCAGCCACGUGCCGUACCGAGACUCCAAACUCACCCGGCUUUUGCAAGACUCAUUAGGAGGCAACAGUCAAACUGUUAUGAUCGCCUGCAUCAGUCCCUCGGAUAGGGACUUUAUGGAGACCCUGAAUACGCUGAAGUACGCCAACAGGGCGCGGAACAUCAAGAACAAGGUGGUGGUGAACCAGGACCGGGCGAGUCAGCAGAUCAGCGCUCUCAGGACAGAGAUCGCACGGCUGCAGAUGGAGCUCAUGGAGUAUAAGACGGGGAAGCGCAUGGUGGGGCAGGACGGGCUGGAGGGCAUGAACGACCUGGUCCAUGAAAACUCCAUGCUCCAGACAGAGAACAGCAAUCUGAGGCUCAGGGUGAAGGCCAUGCAGGAGACCAUCGACCACCAGAGGGCGCGCCUCACCCAGCUGCUCAGUGACCAGGCCAACACCGCCCUCGCCAGAGCAGGUGAAGGGAGCGAAGAAAUAGGAAAUAUGAUCCAGAACUACAUCAAAGAAAUUGAAGAACUGAGAGAUAAACUCCUGGAGAGCGAAUCCAUGAAUGAAAACCUGAGGAAGAACUUGUCCCGAGCCUCCACGCGCUCCUCUCUAUACGGGACGGGCUCCUUCUCCUGCGCUCUGCUCGCCCCCGAGAAGGAGGCCAACGACGUCAUCGAGAUGGCCAAGAGGGACCUGGAGAAACUCAAGAAGAUGGAGAAAAAGAAGAAGAAGAGUGCCGUCAAAGAGGAGGUCCCAGAUAAUGACCAGGAGGGGCCCAACGAGGACGGAGAGGAGGCCAGUGAUCAUGAGGAGAACGAGGACGCAGACGCAGAAGACGAGGAGUUUGAAAUGGCAGCGGAGGAAUCGUCAGAAGAUUCAGACUCAGAGGAACUGGAGGAGAAAGAAAACGUGCAGGCCGACUUGGCGAACAUCACCUGCGAGAUCGCCAUCAAGCAGAAGCUGAUCGACGAGCUGGAGAACAGCCAGCGGCGUCUGCACACACUCAAGCAGCAGUACGAGCAGAAGCUCACCAUGCUACACAACAAGAUCCGAGACACACAGCUGGAGCGGGACAAAGUACUGCACAACAUGGGAUCUGUGGAGUCAUGCACGGAGGAGAAAGCCAAGAAAAUCAAGACUGAAUAUGAGCGGAAGCUGAGCUCCAUGAACAAAGAGCUCCAGAAGCUGCAGUCGGCGCAGAAGCAGCACGCCCGACUGCUCAAGAACCAGUCCCAGUACGAGAAGCAGCUCAAGAAACUCCAGCAGGACGUCACUGAGAUGAAGAAGACCAAGGUGUCACUGAUGCGUCAGAUGAAGGAGCAGCAGGAGAGGAGCCGAGCCUCCGAAACCCGAAGGAACAGAGAGAUCGCAACUCUGAAGAAAGACCAGCGCCGAUCUGAGCAUCAACUGCGGCAGUUAGAAGCGCAAAAGAGGCAACAAGAAUUGGUAUUGCGAAGAAAAAAUGAAGAGGUGAGCGCUCUGAGGCGACAAGUGAGGCCCAUGUCCGGUAAAAUGAGCAGAAAAACCCCAGAGGAGCCUUCACACCGGCUGCCCACGAGCAGAACACACACCAGCACCGCGGCUCACACCAACGGAGCCAGGAGGUCCCCAGUGCGCACCGCCAACCUCUACCUCACCCGCACGGCCCGCGCCAAGUGGCAGUCUCUGGAGCGCCGCGUCACCGACAUCAUCAUGCAGAAAAUGACCAUCUCCAACAUGGAAACAGACAUGAACCGGCUCCUUAAGCAAAGAGAGGAGCUGACGCGACGUCGGGAGCGUGCGCUGAGGAAGAAGGACAAGAUGAGCUCAGACGGAGCAGACGCAGACCGCAGCCUGGCGUCCCUGAGCGAGGAGCUGGAGUCUCUGGCGGCCAACAUCGACUACAUCAACGACAGCAUCGCGGACUGCCAGGCCAACAUCAUGCAGAUGGAGGAGGCUAAGGAUGAGGGUGACACCGGGGACGUGACAGCAGUGAUCAGCUCCUGCAGUCUAACUGAGGCACGCUUUCUCCUGGACCACUUCAUGAACAUGGCCAUCAACAAGGGCUUGCAGGCGGCGCAGAAAGAGUCCCAGCUCAAAGUGAUGGAGGGUCGGCUGAAGCAGACGGAGAUCAACAGUGCCACUCAGAACCAGCUGCUGUUCCACAUGCUGAAGGAGAAGGCCGAGAUCAACCCAGAGCUGGACGCACUGCUGGGGAGCGCUCUCCAAGAAAAUGGAGAUGACAGUAGCAGCGACGAGUCCACCCCAAGUCCAGCUAAUGAGGGCAAUACUCUUGCAGCGGAUUUAAUGAAGUUGUGCGGUGAAACUAAGCCAAGGAAGGCACGGCGGCGGACUACCACUCAAAUGGAGCUACUUUAUGCUAGCACGGGGGACGGCUUCUGUGAUUUGCCCACCGGAGACUUCCCCGGACCACUUCUGCCUCUGACCGAGAUGGUGGAGGGGGCCACGGACCCCCAUACUCAGGCAACAGGCCAGACCCCCGACAGAGAGCAGCAGGUGUCCCAGUGUGGAGCCUCAAACAGGAGCGCUGCCAUUGGAGGGUGCAGGUCUCCCACAGGCGCAGACAGAAGGCAGGUGGAGCGCUCUCCCAUGAGUCGCCGUAGGGUCCAGGAGAAAGUGUCCAUAACACCUCUAAGUGUGGCUCAACAUGCGGCCAACAACGGUGGAACUGAGAGCAAGGGCAAAGACCACAGAGCACUGUCGGACGAGUCUCCCGUGUUUGAAGGACACAGAGGCGUGGUGAACCCGUUCCCCUCUCAGAAGAACCCCCGCGGAGCCAAACUGCAGUGUGUGUACGUGGCAGAGGGUCACACUAAACCAGUGCUCUGUGUGGACGCCACUGACGACCUGCUGUUCACCGGAUCCAAAGAUCGAACGUGCAAAGUGUGGAACCUGGUGACGGGACAGGAGAUCAUGUCUUUGGGAGAGCACCCCAGCAGUGUUGUUUCUCUCAAAUACUCCUCAAGCAUGGUCUUCACGGUGUCCACGUCCUUCAUCAAAGUGUGGGACAUUAGAGACUCGGCCAAGUGUAUCCGCACGCUCACGUCUUCGGGCCAGGUCAGUUCAGGAGACAGCUGUGCCUCUCUGCGCUCCCUGUCCAUCCCUCCUGGAGAGAGCCAAAUCCACCAGAUCGCCCUGAACCUGGCUGGCACCUUCCUCUACGCUGCUGCUGCCAAUGCGGUCCGCAUGUGGGACCUUCGCAAAUUUGCGUCCACUGGGAAGCUCACGGGACAUCUGGGGCCGGUCAUGUGUCUAACUGUGGAGAGACUGGGGAAUGGACAAGACGUGGUGCUCACUGGCUCCAAGGAUCACCACAUCAAGAUGUUCGAGGUGGCGGAGGGGGCGCAGGGCAGCAUCACGCCUGGCCACACCUUUGACCCCUCUCACCAGGACUCUGUGGAGGCUCUGACCGUGAGCGGAGACGUGUUCUACAGCAGCUCCAGAGACCACUCCAUCCACAAGUGGGACAUGAGCCGCAAACGCCUGCUGCAGUCGGUCAGUGGGCCGUCAGACUGGGCUGGAGCUCUGGGGCUGGUGCCUGGAACCUCGGUGCUGCUGAGUGGCUGCAGAGGAGGACUGCUGCGCCUGUGGCACGCUCACUCACUAGCGCCUCUUGGAGAGCUCCAGGGACAUGACAGUCCUAUCAACGGACUGGCUACCAACAGCAGCCAGGUGUUCACCGCCUCAGAUGACCGCACAGUUCGGAUUUGGGAAGCGAAAGGAUCCCUGGACGAUGGCCUGCACUGA